AUGAGGGGAAUUAUUUUUGCGCUGACCUUCACUCUUGUGGGUAACCAACAUUAUGAUCCUUCUUUCAGCAAAAGCAAGACAUACAUUUACCAGUACGAAGGGAUUGUACUGACAGGACUACCGGAACAUGGCUUGGCUAAGGGGGGCCUUCAGAUAACCAGCAAAGUGCAAAUUAAUUCAAUUGGGCAAAAGAUCCAUCUUCUGAAGAUGAUCUCACCUCGAAUUGAAGAGUACAGCGGGGUUUGGCCAAGAGCUCAAUUUAUCCCAGCUCGGAAACUGACUGAAAAGUUGGCCGCUCAAUUGAACAAGCCAAUAAAGUUUGAAUACAGCCACGGGCGGGUUGGAAAUAUAUACGCCCAGCCAGAGCUGUCAGAAAACAUCCUCAACAUCUACAGGGGUAUUCUCAACAUGCUACAAAUCAGCAUUAAAAAGUCACAGAACAUCUAUGAAUUGCAAGAGAAUGGUGUAGAAGGCAUCUGCCAGGCGAGCUAUGUAAUUCAGGAGAACAAGAAAAGUGGAGUGGCCAUGGUCACAAAAUCCAAGGAUCUGAACAACUGUCAGGAGAAAAUCUCAGAGACUAAAGGUUCUGCUUAUACUCAGCUAUGUGAGACCUGCCAGCAGAAAGGCAGGAACCUGAGGAGUGUCUCCACCUACUCCUAUGCCAUAAAAGGCACAGAAGAUGGUGCAGUGAUAAUUGAAGUUGUAAGUAAAGAGACACAUCAGUUCACACCGUUUAAUGAACUUGAUGGUGCUGCCAGGGCAGAAUCAAGACAACAUCUUGUCUUGCUGGAGAGCAAAAAUCAGUCACCAGCCGCGCCAACUGAGCACCUGGAGAGGCGGGGCACCCUGAAAUAUCAGCUUUCUAAUGAACUGCAGCAACUGCCAAUACAGCUGGCCAAGCCUUCUCAUAAUGAUAGCAGUAAGAUUGCUGCAACGCUGGAAAAUUUGGCUCGAAUAAACCAAGAGAGAGCUCAUCCUGAUGCCCCUCAGAAGUUUCUGCAGCUCAUUCAGCUCCUCCGUUCUGCAAGUUUGGAAAGCCUCCAAAACAUCUGGGGAAAGAGCAUACCCCAACCCCACCAAAGGCGCUGGAUUUUGGACACCUUACCCACAGUCGCAACCCCAGAAGCGAUUCAGUUCGUCCAAACAAGGAUAGAGCAGGGAGAACUGUCGCAGUUUGAAGCCACCCAGGCUCUGAUUUUUACGCUACAUUCCAUUAAAGCCGACUGCCAUGGUGUAGAUAAUGCUACGGUGCUUCUGUCUAGCCCUUACAUGCAGAGGAACCCCACCCUUCGGAGAGUCACAUUGCUUGCGUAUGGAUCCCUGGUCCAGAAAUACUGCACAACUCUCCGGGUUUGUCCAGAUGAAGCUCUCCAGCCACUCCAUGAGCUUGUGGUUGAAGCAGGCAGCAAAGGCCAUGAAGAGGAAAUCAUCCUUGGCCUCAAAGCCAUUGGCAACGCAGGGCAGCCUGCCAGCCUGAAGCGGAUCCAGAAACUCCUGCCCGGAUUUGGGAAUGUCGCCAGCAGCGUCUCUGGCAGAAUCCAUGCAGAGGCCAUGAUGGCACUGCGCAACAUCGCUAAGAAAGAGCCACGCAAGGUUCAAGCCCUCACUCUUCAAUUAUUCAUGAACAGAAAGAUCCACGCUGAACUACGGAUGAGAGCUUUUAUUGUCUUACUGGAAACUAAACCAUCCUUGGCUUUGAUUGCAACAAUGACUGACUCGCUGAUCAGAGAGACCAACUUGCAAUUGGUCAGUUUCAGUUAUUCCUACAUGAAAUCUCUGGCAGGAUCAUCGCUCCUCCAUCUCCAGUCACUGGCUGCAAGUUGUAACAUUGCCAUCAAACGUUUAAAUGAAAAGUGCGAUACACUCAGUUAUCGGUACAGCAAAGGUUUACAUGUCGGAACAUUUAACGAUCAGCUUUUGGCUGGAUUUGAAGCCAAUAUUUAUUUCAUGAAGAAGUCAGAGGGGAUUCUGCCAACUUCAGCCAUUGCCAACAUCAAAGUUAAAGGGCUGGGAGUCUCCACAGAUUUUCUGGAGAUCGGAUACAUGCACUCCAAGAAAGUCCCAUCACUAGAUGUCCUGAAAAUCAAGGUACCAGGUUGGAAACCAAUCCCCACAAAAAAAGCCCUAGCAGUUGCCUACAUCAAGUUGUUUGGCCAAGAGCUUGCUUUUGUUGAACUUGAUCAAAAUAAUAUACAAGAGGGCAUUAAGCUCCUCAGCAACCAAGGGAGAAUGGACAACCUCGUAAAGAAACUAGUAAACCAGCUUCAGCGAGGAAUCACAACUCAAUGGACCAAACCCUUAUUGGCAACAGAGAUCCGACAUAUUGUGCCAACAUCACUUGGAUUGCCAAUGGAGCUAGCUUUUUAUUACACUAUUGUGUCGGCAGUUACAGCGCAAGCCAAAGUGAAGUUCAAUCCUGCCCCUUCCAAUUUUACAAUGGUUCAGCUCCUGAACACCACCAUUCAGACUGAUGUUCAAAUUACACCAAGUUCUGUCAAAGACGUCAUCGCCAUCAUGGGAAUAAACACCCCUCUGAUACAAACUGGAGUAGAAGUGCAAUUGAAGACAAGCACUGUUCUCCCUGUGAACUUCACUGCGAGAGUGAACUUAAGGAAGAGUAACGUCAAAAUUGAAUCACCCCCACUGAAACAGGAAGAUGAGCUGUUCUCUGCUAGGUCACGGGCUUUUGCCUUCUCAAGAAAUAUUGAAGACUUGUCCUCAGCGAAAGUCACUCCACUGCUAUUGAGCGGAGAGUUCAGAAUGAUGUACAGAGAAUUGAAUUUGGCAAAGAAUUCAACAGCAGAUAAGCAGAGAGUGAUGGAGAAGGUAUUGCCUCUUGCUAUACCACAGGGAUCUGUGUGCUCGGCUGAAGAUACACCAGACGUCCCAAUUCCAACAGUCCGCCAGGCUUGUGCAAAGUUCAGCACAUUCGGAGUUCAAGUUUGCUACAAGACUAGCUCUGAAAAUGCUGCCUUCACCAGCAACUCGCCAUUGUACAGAAUCAUCGGUGAUAAAUCGAUUGUUGUGACGGUCAAACCAGUUAUCACACCAACAAUGAUCAAAAAGUUACAAGUCGAAUUACAGUUACAAUCUGGGGAGCAAUUGAUGGCAAGAGUCAGUCAGUUGAUGAGGACAAGUAACAUGAGUAACACAGAUUUGUCAGAAACCACAAUGCCUGAAGGCAAAUUAGCCCUUCUGAAAUUGAAGAAAAAUGCUCAUGGAAAUGUUCAGCAUCGGGACAGGAAGAAUGAAAGGUACUCCAUGAGGUUUUCAUCAACAAGUUCCCAAACAUCCGACAGAAGGUCGACAGGUACCACCAGAAAAGCACAUGAACAUAAGAAAGAGCACACGACAAAUCAACGUAGAACCUUGACAACACCCAGAAACGUGAACACCAGGCCCCAGGUUCACCACAAGCACAAUAAACACAAUACACAUCAUGAGCAUAAAAGGAAUGGGCAACCUGAGCGAACAGGGGCGUUACCUUCAACCGAGGAAAAUGAUGAGCAUUAUAGAAAUCCCCAGCUUGGAGCAUCACAGCAAAGAUCACAUCAGGCAACCUCCUCUAUUUCUUCAUCAUCACAGUCAAUGGAAGAGCAUGGUUCACACCAUCAGCACAGAAGAUUGAGGCCGACGAGUCAUCAGUCAACCUCCUCUAUUUCUUCUUCAUCACAAUCAAUGGAAGAGCCUGGUUCACACCAUCAGCACAGAAGAUUGAGACCGAUCAGUCAUCAGUCAACCUCUUCUAGCUCCUCUUCAGCACGGUCAAAGGAAAGGGAUGGUGCACAUCCUCGUGAGAGAUCAUUAAGGGAAUCAAGUAGCCUUCCGCUCUCUAGCAGUUCUUCUUCAGAUAUGUCAAGGCACAAGAAAGGAGUUACACAGCCAGCACAUCAUCACGCUGAGACUAUUGAAAAAUGUAAGGAUGGCAACUGUAAUACCAAACAGCUCCAAAAACCUGCCCACAGGCCCACAGUCAGAAAAAGCCCCUUGUCUUCAAGUGAGUCCCACACCCAAUCCAGCUCAUUUUCAUCCUCGGCUAAGUUGGAUUCAAAGUACAAUAGAAGUUCUGAGCGCACAUCAUCAAGCUCAUCAUCAUCAAGUGGAUCAAGCUCCAGACGGUUGCCAAAGCACUGGCGCAGUAAACAUUCUAGGCGACAACAAUCCAGCUCUUCAUUAAGAACUAGCAGUUCCAGCAGUUCCAUGUCUUGGCACCAAAGGACACGGCCAUCUACAAAGCGUGGCACUAUCACCAAAGUAUGCAAAAAUGGUAAAUGUAUCCAUGAAUAUAUCAAAGCACGGUCAACUACUAUACAUAAACUAAAGACAGACCAUAGGACCUGGAUCUUCAACUCCGAAUCAGGACAGGAGGAACCCAAUGCAAACAUCCUCCAGCUUCGUUUUGAGCCUCAUGGUUACUCGUCACAAAAGAAAGAUCAGUUAAGCUUUGAGUCAUCGUCCAAAUCCAGCUCAGGAUCUUCAGCAAGUUUUUCCAGCUCAUCUUCCUCUUCAUCUUCAUCGCAGCAGUCCUUGUUCCUUGGAGACUCCGUACCACCAAUAUUCUCGCUGCUAAUCCGUGCCAUCACGAUCAAUGACAAAGAGAGAGGUUAUGAGACAAAGGCCUAUGUGGAUAAUUCAAUGGACCAACGAGCAUUACAACUAUUUGUGGAUGAAAUUCAAGAAGGAGGCAACUGGCGAGUUUGCAUUGACGCUGAAAUGCCUAACAUACACAGAGCAUUGGCAUCAUUGAAAUGGGGCAAAAAUUGCCAAGACUACAAGAUCGCAGCCAAAGCAUCGACAGGCCACUUUGAACGCCAUCCUGCAAUGCUGGUUAAAGCACAAUGGGACGUAAUACCUCAAAGCCUAAAACAAGCUGCAGACAGUCUGGCUGACCAGAUCGCAGCAAUUGCUUUCAUGUUUGGGUUCUUUGAGAGGCAUCAAAGGAGUCACACUCAUCGGAUUUCAGUGAUUGCGGCUGCAACAUCUCAGCGAACGCUUGAUGUCGUGGUGCGAACUCCAAAGCAUAUCUUCAGUCGCAGAAACCUUCUCAUUCCUGUACCAUUACCUUUUGAUGUGAACUCUCCCUCAGUGCAGCAAAGAGGACUGCUUGUCCUUGCCGAUUUACCUGCCAUGGUUUUACCAACAGCCACAGCUGAGUGCAGAGUCUUGCAAAACCAAUUCACUCCAUUUAGCAAGGAGUGUUUUGAGUACGAAAUGCCUGAAGGUUGUGCUCAUGUAUUGGUCCAAGAUUGUACUCCAGAACUGAAGUUCAUCGUACUGAUAAGACGCAGUGCAGAAUCUCUGUUUGUACAGCUGAAUUUGCCUUCUAGUCAAGUAGAAAUACAAUCGACAGAAGCAGGAAACAUCCAAUUGUUCAUAAAUGGAACCAAAACGCCAGCCAGAAGACUAUCACUUCCAGGAUCCUUGGUCAUUUCCAGAAAUGACACUGUUCUGAAGAUCAAAGCACCAGAAGUUGGCCUUGAACAUCUCCUCUUCGACGGCAAAGAGAUUAGGGUCUCAGUAACGCCAUCAAUGGCUGAGAGCACAUGUGGACUGUGUGGACAAACUGAUUCCCAGAGGAGAAAUGAGUAUCAGCAACCAAAUAAACGCAGCACAAGAGAAAUUCUGAAAUUCGCCCACUCGUGGUUGCUGCCAGGGGAAAGCUGUAAAGAUGCUUGUAAACUGAUGAAACAGACCAUGAAGAUGGAGAACUCAGUUGACAUACACGGACAGGAAUCCAAAUGCUACACUGUUGACCCAGUUUUACACUGCCAGGUUGGAUGCUCACCAGUUCAAACAGUCCCAGUUGUCUAUGGCUUCCACUGUCUUCCAGCUGAUUCUCAGGCGAAUCCAAGUGAUGAGCAGCUGAUAUCCACCAACUUUGGUCAAAAGAGCGAAGACUUGAUAGGCGCUGUUGAAGCUCACACUGCCUGUUCAUGUUCUGCCGACUGUCGCUAA